CCGCCGGAGCAGAGAACUUGACAUGCAAUCAACACAGGCAAAUUAUUAUCACCACACAGGCAAAUAAGGGUCUGAACCGCUUCAAUCAUCAACCUGCUGUCUCCAUGACAACCCCUCCACUAGUGUCACCUUUUACCGGGCAGCUACCGCCUCAGCAGCAGCAGCAGCAGCAGCAGCAGGCCCAGGCAACUCGUGAUGUUAACACGGCCUCGCUGUGCCGCAUUGGCCAGGAGACUGUCCAAGACAUUGUCCUCAGGACCAUGGAGAUCUUCCAGCUCCUCAGGAACAUGCAGCUGCCUAAUGGAGUCACUUACCACCCCAACACCCACCAGGAUAGACUGGGAAAACUCCAGGAACAUCUUCGUAUGCUUUCUGUGCUGUUCCGCAAGCUGCGCCUUGUCUACGACAAAUGUUCCGAAAACUGUGCUGGGCUAGACCCAAUACUUCCCGAGCAACUGAUACCCUUUAUGGAUGACGAUGGCACCAAACAUGAUGACCACUCAGCCGGCCAGAACCGCCCUACUGCCGAGGACAGGAGAGAAAUCCAGGAGGUCAACAAGAAGCUGAAGCAGAAGAACCAGCAGCUGAAGCAGAUUAUGGAUCAAGUCCGCAACCUCAUCUGGGAAAUCAACUCCAUGCUGGCCGUCAGAAGCUGAAGCGCAAACCACAGUCCGCACGCGCACGUGCACAUACACACACCCCGAGGACAAGUGGACCCAUGAAGAUACGGCAGAUUUGCUGAGGUGGCACUUUACUGACAAAGCCAAGACUUUAUUUCCUGACGAGGAAAGUGGAAAGAUGAAGACGAAAGGGCGUCACACUAACCCAGCGGUGAGUUGGAAGUAGGCAAAACAUGAUAUUUUCGGACAUCUGUCUACCUCAACAGUCAACGUUUUAAUCACGUUUUAAUCAGCAUUGAUUUCAAUUGAUUCUCUGUGUUUUAAUGUAUUUGUAGCUCCAUAGAGUUUAUAUCUGUAGAAACACACAAAAUCUAUUCAAUCCUCUUAUUUUGUGCGAAUGAUGAGCUUAAAUGUCUUAAAUGUUUCAGAUUUAAUAAACUUAAAUGCUGAAAUAAGACAAACUUAUUAUAUUAUAAUUUCGGUCAUGAUUAACUCUUCACCUCCAGAGUUUUGUUUAAAUACACAAUAUUUUUUUUGUAAUCUACACCAGUUGACUAACAUGCAUGUGAUAUGGUGUUCAUUCACUAAUAAGUGCGCUAGAAACACUGUAGACUUUAAUUACUUGUGCUGAGAUCACUUAUAACGACACAGGUUAUACUAACAUAGCAAGUCACAGGUUCUUGCAGGUGUUUAGACACUCAAAAGAAGAAUCCCACCGCACCACUCGACAGUAGCGCUGCCUUGCUCAUUUCCCCCACAUCCUGUCCUGCCCUUUUCCGUCCUCCUGGCUAGUUAUUGCAUGUCCUCACCGGGUGUCCCCCUUCCAACCCACAAAUAACUGUUGUAAUGUUACUUGUGUUGAAAUAGCUAGACUGCCUCACUAUUGUUCUGCUGUGGUUCUCACCCCUUGGCCACUCUGUUCUGCAAGGCCAUGUAGCUGAACAGGACAGGUUUUAAGAAAAACUAGAAACAAAACAACUUGAACACUAACAAAUAAAAAAUAGCCGAUAAAUGGAAUGAGUAUCUUUGAGUUGAUGAGUGGUGAGCCUUACCAUACCUGAUACUUUUUUUUCUUACAAAUCAUUACUAAAGACAAUUGACAGUGCAAUACGCGUUUUCAAAUAAUUUGCCUCAGUUAUAUAUUAGCGUAAAAAAGGUCUAUCCUCAUUCCGCAUUAGUAGUUUUCAUUUUUGGAAAGUGCAUGUUGGACUUCCAUCUAAGUUGGACUUUUUUUGUACAGUUGAAACCUUCAAAUUUGAAGUCCCCUGAUGUUGGUGCGCAACAUAAGGUAUAAUACUAAUUUGAACGACGUGACAGCCGCUAGCGGCCGUUGAGAGUCAGCUGAAAGUCUUUGCGCGCUGUAAUCUAAAUGAGUUAAAUGAAGUAACACAGUGGUGUGAAAAUUAAGACUCACGAACAAAAAAUGAACAUUAAUGACUCACUAACAAAUUGGACUGUGUUCAAUCUUUGAGGUUCCGCUGAAUCAGACUUUUCAGAAAGAGGCAUGCUUCACAAAAGACUCCAUUUGGAGCCACCCAGAAGCAGGUUCAGUGCUUAUUUAUCAUCCACACCGUAAUGUCAGGUCCUCAUGUAUACAUGACAAUAUCAGUGUCUGAUACGGUUGUGUUCGAUAAAGCGGGAACACACUUGCUUUUCUAUAAAGCAUUACCACACCUUUGUCCUCAUCAAAGGAGGAUAGAUGCAAUUUUGAAGCAAAAAACAAAAGCCUCACUGUGUGUCUGAUUAAUAAACCUUAGUGGUCAACCACUUACAGGAUUUUAUUAUGUUCCAGGGGGCAUUGCUGCAUGGAGGCUCUAUAAUUACUGUACAAAUGUGUGCUCACACAGUGGAAACGGAGGUUAG